AUGCCGCUAGAGACGAUCCACCUGUCCGGAAGGGACGCGCAGGCGGGGGAGAAGUUCGCCCCAACCCCCGAGGAGCUGCGCACCAUCCGGGAGAAGAUGAAGGACCCCAAGUUUGUGGAGCUUUUCCAGGACUACAUGAAGUCGAUGGAGGACCCCGAGACACGCCGCGAGGAGGAGGCCUACCUGCAGCAGGUCGAGCGCGAGGCAAAGGCGGGCGGCGAUUACAGCUUUGACUUCGUCUUCCCCACACCGGGGUUUGUGGUGGAGCUGCUGGAGCCUGCGACCUCGUACCGCGUGACGCACCCAUCACUCAAGGCAGUGGACAAAACGAGGCGGCAGACCCCCAAAGUUUAUGUGAACAUGUGCAGUAGCGAGAAGAUCGACGCCUUCUCUGAGCAGUCCACGGGCGAUAAGCAAAAGAGCAACUGGCUCGUGCCCGUCUCUGUGUCAAAACCGAGGACCGAGUUGUUCUCCGAAGACGUCGUGGCCCCGGUGAAGGUGGAAGAAAAACAACCUCCGGAGGAUGAGGACAAGGCAGGCACAGUCGUCGUAUAUGACGCCGUAUUUCACCCGGACACGCUACAGCUUGCAGAUCGCAGCGAUCGUUUUUGUUGUUUUCUUGUGAACAUUGCCGUGGAACACAUCAACAGCGGCUAUGGUGAUCGCCAUGGUUUCGAGUUCCGUCGCUUGCCGAGCCGCAUCCGGGCCGUGGGAACCCCACAGAAUCAGACGAUCAGCCGAGAGAAGGGGAAGUCACCUUUCGCGGCUGCAAUGAAUGAGCCGGCGUUGACGCAACCGACGAAAGUACUCCCGCCUUUGCCCAGCACGGAGGGGAACGGGAAAGCGACGCCGGGUAAGAAGGACAUUGAGGCUGGUGGAGUGUCGACAGGAGCAACAGCGGCCUCUAGUCAGAAGGUGGAGAAGACACAGCAUCUGCCGCACUGUAGCAUUGCUCACCGGGGACAUAUUGACCUCUCUGACACCUGGGGAUGGAAAAUAGUGGACCGGCGCAUUGGCGUUCCCGAGGCUCUCGUCGUAAAAAUGGAGUUUACCGGCGUGCAGGCCGCGUCAGAGCUUAACAUUGAGGUGGAAAGCACCUACGUCAUCAUCGCGAAGGCUUCUACGCAUCCUUAUUAUGGGACGCUGACGCUCCCGUUCUCCGUCGAGUCGACACCUUUGGAGGCGAAGUUUGAGAAAAAGAAAUCACUGCUCACGUUGGUGCUGCGCGUCGUGCCUCCGGCGCCAUCAGGAGUCACCGCGGAGGAGAUGCGGCAGGAAUUGCGUGCCGCAAGAGAACCAUCCGCAUCGGAGGUGAAGGACACACGAGACGCCUUCGAUGGGCGUGCUGGUGCUUCCGCUCAGGACUCUGCCACCGCGGGUUCUGUCGGCAAUGCGGAGCCGACCUCCAUGCCUGCCGCGCCGCCGGAAGCGGCACCUCCCCCGGCGGCGGAGACGCCGUCUGUUCCGCAGGUUUCCUGCAUUGGGGACCAGGAUCGGGCACGCGUCAUGAUGGAAAAGGUGCAGGCAGCUAGACGUGAGCGGGAAAGGGCCGCCGCGGAGGCCGAGAAGCCAGAGGCGGGAGCUGGCAAAACAGAGCCUGCCCCGCAGGAAAAGAAACGUGAAACCCCUGUUGAAGGCGUCUCCAAAGAGGUUGAGCAUGAGCCCCGACGAGAGACAGAAGCGGAGGGGCCCGUUGCGUCUGAGGAAGCAGCUCCAGUUUCAAAGCCCACGCCCACGGUGCCGCUGACAUCGGCAGGCGUCGAAGAUGCGACGAGCUCAGCGAGGCACACCGCGGAGUUGGAGUUGCUGCAGCAGAGGCAGGAGGCAUGGAAAAGCGAUAUGCACCGACGCAUUGAGGUGAGGGAGGACGAGGAGCGAGAGAAGACGCUUAUGGCGGAUCGUGAAGCACGCCGUGAGGCAGAGCGUUUGAGGAAACAGGCGGAAGCUGCGAGGCGGCAGGAGGAGUUGGCGGUGAAGCUUGGCGAGCGCAUGGCUGAGCUCCCGCUGCGCAAUAGACACAUCUUCACAGUGGAUUAG